CCGCGCGGAGGAGUAGACAUUUGCAGCAUGGAAGUGGCAAUAACAGGUUCAAUGAGAUGCAGUCACAUCCUCAAGCCCAUAACUUUAUUUUUCAGAGCUCCACAAUUACUCGUGGGGGUGCUAAUGGUGCUUAUUAUACUUCCUCUAAAAUGAGGAGGACUGGGAGUGAUGGAAUGACAUUUGAAGAAAGCAAAGAGGCUGAUACCACCACUAGGCAGGCAACUCAUAGGAUUUCUAAGAGCCUGCAUAACAAGGGCCAUUCAAUUUCGCGCAAGCUCAAUUCAGAUGGUAGGGUGGACUCAAUGCAGACCUUGCACAAUUUAAAUGAAGAUGAGCUAACUGGUUUUGAAGAAGCUUGGAGUGGAAAUGCCAGGAAGCAUCUUCCUGGUUGGUCUGGCAGUUUUACUACUCUUGAUGGAAUGGGUGUGGGUGGUAGCAGACAGAACGGGCAGGCAAGUGGGGGAGGUUGGGCACUUCCCUUCCCUGGACAUUCACAGCAAACAAGGAAGAUGAAGCCAGAGAAAUGAGGCUUCCUUGCCAAGCUUGGUUAUUAUCAAGGCACAGCUGGAGAUGUGCUAGUUGUAAGGAUCUUGUGUUGGAAUACCACCUCAUUGGUGGCAGUUGAUCUGUCUUUACAGAAGUGUACUUGCAGGGUUGUUAGUUACUAGCUGGGUGUAAGCCAAGUGCUUUGACCAAUUUUUACUCUAAAAUCAACUUAUUAUGUAAAAAUAUAGUGGGGAUUGGCAAGCCUUUGGGUUGAUUUGUUGAAUUCCUCUAAAUUUAUAGUUAGUAACAAUAGUUUCUGUGUCUGUUCCGUUCCAGUUGGUUCAAAGGUCUCAGUAAUACGGAUCACAAUUAUUUGGGUCUGUCUGACAACUGGAUAUGCAUAUUCAAUUGAAUGAGUCUUAAGGAAGCUCUUCCUUUACCCUAGAUGGCCGUUGGAGUUGGCGAAUUUUGUGGUGGGGGAGUGUAGUAGUUGCUGUUCUUGGUGGAUGCUUGUAUGGUGGCCUCGUCGAAUCUCGAAAUAAGGUACAUAAUAUACUCGUGUACUUGGAAGUUAAAACAUAA